AUGGCAAUGGAGCAAUUGUACGGAGAUUUCGAUGCAUCGUACAAUGAAUUACAGGGAUGGAUAGCCGCCAUGAGGGAACACGUGCCGGGGACUAUAAUUGAGUUGCAGACACGAUCUUAUUACGGGCCAAAUGACCAACUACAAUCGAGAAAAAGAAUUUUCCAUCGGAUGUUUUGGACUUUUGAUCAAUGUGUGCGUGCAUUUCCCCACUGCAAACCAUUUGUGCAAGUUGAUGGAACCUGGCUAUAUGGAAAAUACACACAGAUCUUACUUCUUGCGGUUGCUCAAGACGGCAAUAGGAACGUACUCCCAAUAGCAUUUGCCAUCGUCGAUAAGGAGAACAUGGAAUCGUGGGAGUUCUUUCUUACCAACUGCGGAGCUAUUAGACGUUCUGGUGUACCAUGGAGAUCUGUUUACUGCAUCCGGCACAUCGCGGCUAACUUCCAACGAGAUUAUAAGAAUGUAGACUGGAAGAGACAAAUUGUGAGAAUGGCGUACGAGCUAGAGCCACACAUUUUUCGCCAAAGAAUGGCCCGGCUUGAGAGUGACAUGGAGGGUCAAACCAACACAUCUUUCCGGCAGUGGCUGGGUACCAUGGAGCCGUGGUUGGCUACAUUGAUGCCAAGAAUGGGUCAGCAACAAAUGAACCAGAUGGAGGCAGGACAUGUCUUUGUCGAAGGCAUUAGGGAUGCAAUGGUUGUAAAUCGUCGAAUGGCGAGGUCGAUGACAGUAGAAGUAUAUUCACGACAUAAUGAAACGUUUCGAGUUACAGAGACCAUCGGUUGUCGACCUAGUAUACCACCUAGGUCCUACGGUGUUGAUCUCCGAAAUAGACGAUGCGAUUGCAGAAGGUUUCAAACACUUCAUUUUCCAUGUGCACACGUCGUGGCAGCUUGUGCUAAAGUUGGGCUCAAUGUAGAACAAUUUAUCGAUGAAGUGUACACCAUCGAACGCACGUUGCGUGUAUGGGAAAACGAGUUCCCCGUGCUUCCUGACCUAUCUACUUGA